AUGCCCAGUGUUACUGCUUCCCCUUCACGCCGUGUGCAAGAACUUUUAGCCUUGUGCUUCAGUGUAAGCUUCUCAAUUUCUUCUCCUAGCUUCGUGUUGUGUGCUUUGUUUCUGGGAAAUUUUCCCAAGUACUUCGAGUCAGUUGAAGUUGAAGGGUCUCAAGACUUGCAGAGCUUGGCGACAGAACUUGCCAUCUGCCUGGAUUCUUUCUCGGAUAAGGUAGCUUCGAAGGCCACCGACGAUGAGCUGGAGAAUGAUGAAGUGGAGAAUCAUGAACUAGAGAAUGAUGUUAUUCAAGUUCUAGCCGAAAUUUCAAAGCUUUUGUCAUCUCCUGAAACGGAUCAGGCGGUGAUAGAUGCGCUGUCGUUUGUGUUGCCGCAAGUAAUCUCCAAGUUUACAAUCCUAUCAAGCAGAUGUCUAGAAUUAGUUGAGGAAAUCGUCGAUCGAUUUGUGGAAGCAUGCAGUCCACGGGACAUGCUUCCAGUUCUUUGUGAGGCACUCCAUGAUGCACGGUGCUCCCCUUCACCCUCCAUUUGUUGUACUCCUUUACUACAUGGGCUCUCUAAAGUUUUUAAUUUGGUUCAGAGGCGUCACUACGAACACCUAAAAGUUGCAGUUCCAAUUGUCCUAAAGGCCUUGAAGGACAUUUCAUUGGAAACAGACGUGCAAGUUGAAGAUGUAUUUGAUAAAGCUCUAGGCAUUGCCGUUUCAAUCCGAGAUGUUUCGUCGAAACUGAGGAAUGAAGAAGACACAAAAGUUCGUUGUUUGCUUGGUCUCUAUGUGAUACAGAUGACGGCUAUUCUUUCAGUUAGCAUCAGAGACAAAGUGGCCUCUUGUGUUCCACUGGUGAUGCAGUUUGAACCUUUCUUGAUAUACUGUGGUUUAACUUAUCUUGGUUUAAUCACGGGGAACGACACUGAAAAAUUAACGAGCAUGGUUGCUGGAGGUGAUGAUGAUGAUGAUGAUGAUGAUGAUUUCAUCAGCUAUUUCCCUGACAUCAAGUUGGGUGCGUCACUUUUAUUCAUCUGGGCGAAAAUCUCACCCAACGAUGCAGAGGAUGCUAGUGCGGCUUUGAGAAAGGAUGUAGAUGAGCUUCAAAGCAAUCCGGUGAAAAGGUGGGAAGCUUAUGGGAUGUUGAAAUAUAUACUCUCUUCUGGAGUUCUGCUCUGGGAAUUCAAAAGACACGCUAUUGAGUUUUUGCUUGACUUAACAAAAGGACUUGCGCAUAAUAUUCUUCUCAUUGAUCUUUACACCGUUCAGGUUUACCAGCAUUCUAAGUGUCUCAUUUCUAUCUUUCAGGCUGUUACAGUAGCGAUCAUGUAUGCCCCAGACGCAGGUGUGAGGACGAAGACAUUUGAGGCACUGAAGAGGAUUCUUUCUGAUAUCCCCACUCCUGAGAGGUUUGACAUUUUAAGAGCCCUUGUCACAAACUCUCAGUCUUCCUCAAUGAGAGCGAUUCUUUUGGGUCUAGUUAAAGACAACAUGAGAAAAAUCAGCGUGCAAGCUACAGAUUGUGCGACUGUAGAUACGCACGUUAUGGAGCUAGUCGAGUUGGUCUUAAGGCCUCCACAGGGUGGUCCCCCACUCCUUCCGGACCAGAGUGAUGCGGUUCUGGCAGCACUGAAUCUCUAUAGGUUUGCAUUGUUAUUUGAAUCGAGAGACAAAACUAUAGAAGGUGAAGCAGCUGAAGAGAAAAGCAGAGGAGGCAGUGAGGUUUUGUCAAAGAAGAAUCUGGAGACGGCACUUAAGGAAUGGCUUUUGCCUCUUCGACUUGUUGUGAGCUGCAUCAUUGCCGAGAACCUCAAGGAGGAUGACAGCCACGAAUCUGAACUCGGCGAUGUAAGUCUUCUUAACACAAUUGAAUAUGUUCUGUAUCUAUGCAUUGAGCUUGUGGAAGGAAGGUUGAAACGUCACUAG